UUAUUAUCUUCCAGAGAGCCUUCCAGGUUAAUUUCAAAUUAAUUAGUUUUAAUUAGAGCUCUAAUUAAUUUCUGAUUCUGUGUCUGUGCAGCCACCAUGAAGAUCAAGCAAGAGGUGAAAAGGGAAGAACCAUUCCAAAGUACAGAUGGUCUCGCACUCGAAGAUGGAACAUGGAAAUUAACAGAUACUGAAGGCAUGAACCCCGUCGAUGUCAAGCAAGAAGAAGUGGAGAUAACAGAAUUAUUACCCCUCCCGAGAAUAGUAUUAAUACCCCUCCCUGGAAUAGAUGCAACAGUGGAGCAAGAUGUCGAUGUCUUGCGAGAAGUGGAGAGAACAGUAUUAUUACCCCUCCCAAGAGUAGUAUUAAUACCCCUCCCAAGAAUAGAUGCAAAAGUGGAGCAGCCUGAUGAACAAUCAACUACUGAAGGUAUUCAAAGUACCAGCACCGAGCAAGAGGCUGAAAGUAGUACAUUACAACUGUCCCCUGAUGAACAUGGAGUAUGCAAGGAAAAUGAUCCAUCGACUAAUACGGGUAUCAAAAGUACCAACAUCAAGCAAGAGCCUGAAAGUACAUUGCAACUGUCCUCUGAUGAACAUGGAGCACGCAAGGAAAAUGAUCCAUCGACUAAUACAGGCAGUAUCGUAAACAACAUCCAGCGUGAAGUGGAGGAUACACAAACUACCGCGCACCCCCUAAUGGAAGCAGUUAAACAGGAAAACGACCAACCGAAUAAAGAAGGUCAAUUAGAAAGUGACCAAGCAGCAAGUGACCAAGCAGCAAGUGACCCAGCAGCAAGUGACCAAGCAAAGAGGGACCAAUCAGAAAGUGGCCAAGCAAGGAGUGACCAAGCAAGAAGUACCGGUAACCAAGCAGCAAGGGACCAAUCGGAAAGUGACCAAGCAAAAAGUGACCAAGCAGCAAGUGACCAAGCAAAAAGGGACCAAUCAGAAAGUGACCAAGCAAAAAGUGACCAAGCAGCAAGUGACCAAUCAGAAAAUGACCAAACAGAAAGUGACCAAGCAGCAAGUGACCAAGCAAAAAGGGACCAAGUAGAAAGUGACCCAUCAGAAAGUGACCAAGCAAGGAGUGACCAAGCAAAAAGUGACCAAGCAGCAAGUCACCAAGCAGAAAGUGACCCAUCAGAAAGUGACCAAGCAAGAAGUGACCAGGCAGCAAGUGACCAAGCAGCAAGUGACAAAUCAGAAAGUGACCAAUCAGAAAGUGACCAAUCAGAAAGGGAUCAAGCACAAAGUGACCAAUCAGAAAGUGACUACUAUUCCUGUAGUGAGCAAAAUGACAAAGAUGAAAGUUCAGACGACCAUGACAAGAAGAUCGGUUUUCGCCGUAUGUCGACCCGCAGUGGACAGAAACGUAGUAAGAGACGACAGGAGGUACAGAAAUCAGGUGAAAGUUCAGACGACCAUGACAAAGAGGGCGGUGUCCGUCUGUCAACCCUUGGUGGACAGAAACGUAGUAAGAGAGGACAAGCGGAACAGAAUUCAGGUGAAAGUUCAGGUGAAGGUUCAGACGACCAUGACAAGGAGGUCGGUUUCCGUGGACAGAAACGUCGUAAAAGAGGACAGAAGGGACAGAAAUCAUAUAAGUGUCAUCAUUGUGGUGAAAAAUUUGCGCGUAGAGUAUUUCUUAAACGUCACCUCCGAACUCAUCCUUAUGAAUGUCCCCACUGUGAUGAUGAGUUUACACGAAGGGAUUCUCUCAACGUUCACAUGAGGAAACAUCCUAUAGAAAGGCCUUUUGAGUGUACUCAUUGA